AUGAAAUAUCUUAACCGAUUUCAAGUUAAGCGUAUUAACAGUAAUGAUUUCACUUAUGUCUUUCUUCAUGUAACGGCCUUCAAGAAGACCAACCUUUUGUCUGAAGGUCAAGGGUACCGAACGUGUAAGGCGUAUAUUUACAGCUUUUAUCAGAUGAAUUAUGACUAUCUCAACUCACCACAAAAGAAAGGAAGAUUUAACAUCGCCAUGGUAUCAGAUUUUUGUUACCCGAAUGUUGGCGGUGUAGAAAGUCAUAUUUUUGCUUUAUCUCAAUGCCUUAUUCGACGUGGUCAUCGAGUUAUUAUAAUCACUCACUCUUAUGGUUCUGAAGGUGGUCAACGUCAAGGUGUAAGAUAUUUGCCACGUGGACUUAAAGUCUAUUAUAUUCCAAUUCAACCGUUUUAUAAACAGUCAAUUUUCAUCACAGUUCUGGGCACAUUACCAAUAAUUCGUGAAAUAGUAAUACGUGAACAGAUUGAUAUUGUACAUGGACAUUCAAUAUUUUCUCCUUUAGCCUGCGAAGCUGCAAUUCAUGCACAGAGCCUUGGUUGUCGAACUGUUCAUACAGAGCACUCACUUUUCGGUUUUUCAGACUUAUCAGCAAUAAUUAUGAAUAAAGUAAUGGAAGGUGUAUAUACAGCUGUAGACCAAGUGAUCUGUGUUUCACAUACUACCAAAGAAAAUGUAGUUCUUCGAGCUAAAUAUGAUGCUGAUCGAGUUUUUGUAAUUCCUAAUGCAGUGGAUGCCUCUGCGUUUAUUCCUGACCCGUCUUGUCGUGAUCCUAAUUACAUUACUAUUGUUGUGGUUUCUCGUUUAGUUUACCGAAAAGGUCUUGAUUUAUUGGUUGCCAUCAUCCCGUCAUUAUGUUCUCUGUUUCCGGAAUUAAGAUUUCUUAUAGGUGGUGAUGGACCUAAAAGACUUGAACUGGAAGAGAUACGCGAACAAUAUCAAUUACAUUCACGUGUAAAAUUGUUAGGAGGUUUACAACCUCAUGAAGUUCGGCCUCUUUUAAUACAAGGUGAUAUUUUUCUAAAUACUUCCCUUACUGAAGCGUUUUGUAUAGCAAUUCUUGAAGCAGUCUCGUGUGGCUUAAUGGUUAUCAGUACAGCUGUUGGGGGACUUCCGGAAGUUUUACCGGAGCAUUUUAUUAGACUUGCACCAGCAAACGCUUCAGAAUUAGCAACUAUUGUUGCAGAUUCCAUUAUUCAAGUUCGGCGGCAACGCGAGGAUUCGAAAAUUACAACUCAUGAACAAGAAGCUAUGGAUAAUUUAACCUCAGACAAACUGAACAUAUGUACAUCACCUCCGAAUCCUCUUUGUCGAUUUUCAUUGGUCGCCGAUCCAUCUACACACUUUGAUGGUACGGAAUGUAAUUGUAAUUCACUUAAUGAUCAUUGUUGGCAUAUGCAUAAAUGGAUUCGUAGUAUAUAUUGUUGGCCUCUAGUUGCUAAACGUACGGAAAAAGUCUAUUCUGCUGCUAUGUCUAAACCACCUGUUUCACUACACAACAGAAUCUCAAGAUUGUACCAACUUGGUCCACUUACUGGGAAAAUAACAUGUUUUUCUGCUAUUUUACACUGGCUUCUUCUUCAGUUUAUAUCAUGGCUUAGACCUGAACAGAUAAUCGAUCUAAUGCCAUCACUGGAAACACCUAUAGAGGAUUUCAGUGAUAGUGAAUGUGAAGAUUUUUCUGUUGAUUCACACAAAUAAUAUCCACGUUUAUUUCACUUGUAUCAAACGGAUAACUUUAUAAUUCUCCUGUACAUAAUUUUACUUUAAAUGGAAUUGUUUUAUUUUUUAUUUAUUCGUUAGAACGUUAUCAUUAUUCUUCUAAAGAUUUAAACUCAAAUUGUUUGUUGUUGUACUCUGGAAUUUUACAAUCAAAAAAAGGUUUUCAUUUGCUGUGU